CACACACUCUCUCUCUCUCUCUCUCUCUCUCUCUCUCUCUCUCUCUAAAAGUUAUUAAGGAAGUGGGAUAUAGAAAAAGAAAAGGAUGGUGGACCGGGAGCACGGGGUCGACGUGCUCCUCCUCCCGUACCCGAGCCAGGGCCACAUCAACCCCAUGCUCCAAUUCGCCAAGCGCCUCUCGGCGCACGGCGCCCGGUGCACGCUCGCCGCCACGCGGUUCAUCCUCGCCUCCACCCCGCCGGAGCCCGGCCCGGUCCGAGUCGUCCCCAUCUCGGACGGCUGCGACCGGGCCGGGUUCGCGGAGGUGGACUCCGUCCCGGCCUACCUCGACCGGCUCGAGUCGGCCUGCUCGGCCUCGCUCGCCGGCCUCCUCCGGUCCGAGUCGGCCGCGGGCCGCCCGGUCCGGGUCCUGGUCUACGACGCGUUCCUCCCGUGGGCCCGCCCAGUGGCGCAGGGCCUCGGCGCCGCCGCCGCCGCGUUCUUCACGCAGGCGUGCGCCGUGGACGCGGUCUACGCGCACGUGUGGGAGGGCCGGGUCGGGAUACCGGUUCCGGUUCAGCAGGGCCCGGUUCGCCUCCCCGGCUUGCCCCCGCUCGAACCGGAGGACCUGCCCUCGUUCAUGCUCGGACCGGGCGACUACCCGGCUUACUUGGAGCUGGUCAUGAACCAGUUCCAGGGGUUGCGGGACGCCGAUGACGUGUUCAUCAACUCCUUCUAUGAGCUCGAGCCCCAGGAGGCCGAGUACAUGGAGUCGACGUGGGGGGCGAAGACGAUCGGGCCCACGGUGCCGUCGGCCUACGUGGACAACCGCGUCCCCGACGACACCUCCUACGGCUUCAGCCUCUACUCCCUGGCCGCCGCCACCGCCUCCCGCUGCGGCCUCUUCCUCGCCUCCCACCCGCCGCACUCCGUCGUGUACGUCUCCUUCGGCAGCAUGGCUUCGCUCUCACCAAUUCAGCUAUUCGAGCUGGCGCACGGCCUCCUGCGCUGCGGCAAGCCCUUCCUCUGGGUCGUCCGCGCGUCCGAGCGCCCCAAGCUACCCGCAGAACUUCUCGCGGAAGAGGAGGGAGCGAAGAAGCAGCUUUAUACGAUAGUGGAGUGGGCGCCGCAGCUGGAGGUGCUGGCGCAGGAGGCGGUGGGGUGCUUCGUGACGCACUGCGGGUGGAACUCGACGGUGGAGGCGAUAGCGCUGGGGAAGCCGAUGGUGGGGAUGCCGCAGUGGACGGACCAGCCGACGAACGCCAAGUACGUGGAGGGGGUGUGGGGGGUCGGAGUGAGGGCGAGGGCGGGUGCCGAGGAUGGGGUGGUGGGGAGGGAGGAGGUGGAGAGGUGCGUGAGGCAGGUCAUGGAGGGGGAGAGCGGGGAGGGCUACCGCAGGCGGGCAGCCGAGUGGCGGCGGAAGGCGUGCGAGGCCGUCACUGACGGCGGGAGCUCCGAUCGCAAUAUCGCCGAGUUCGUCACCAAAUACGCCGCAGUCGACGGCGGCGGAGCAAAGUAGUGGUGGGUGGUGGUGGUGGUGCACCAGGCAUGCAUGCAGACACAUCUGUUUUCUAUCAUGCAAAUUUUGCAAUGCCAUACCAAAAUUAUUAUUAUUAUUUUUAUUAUUAUUAGAGUGGACUUGUGUACU